GCGAGCGGGCGCGGGCGCCGCGCAGAUGGCCGGGGCGAGCGAGGUCUGAGGCUCCGCUCCCCGAAACGUGAUCAUGUGGAUUCAACAGCUUUUAGGACUCAGCUCCAUGUCCAUCCGCUGGCCGGGCCGCUCCCUUGGAAGCCAUGCUUGGAUACUGAUAGCCAUGCUGCAGCUCGCUGUGGAUUUCCCGUCCUGUGAGUCGCUGGGCCCGGGCCCCGAGUUCCGGCUCACGCCUCGCCCGGCCCAGCGGCCCCCACGCCUGUGGAGUCUGCGGAGCGGACAGCCAUCCCGGCCCCCCACGCCCAUGUGGAGCCCCCGGGUGCCCCGCGCGGAGCGGGCCCACGGGCAGAUGCAGGCGUCCCGUGCCAGGCGGGCCCACAGGCCCAGGGACCAGGUGGCCGCCCUCGUGCCCAGGGGAGGCCUCACCAAACCCCCGGCUGCCACCAAAUCCGGCUCCUCCCUGGCCUCCUCGCCGUCGUCCGCGUCCUCGGCGGUGGCGGCCGGCGGGGCAGCGGAGCAGCAGAGCCGGCUGAAGCGGGGCCGGAGGCACGCGCAGGACACCGCGCUCGACAGCUUCGACUUCCGGGGCGGCCGCCCCACCACAGAGACAGAGUUCAUUGCCUGGGGGCCCACGGGGGACGAGGAGGCCCCUGAGGCCAACACCUUCCCAGGCCUGUACGGCCCCACCACCGUCUCCGUCCUGCCAACGCGGAAGACAACUGUGGCGGCCAGCACCACGACCACCACGGCCAGCUCCAUGACGCUGCAGACCCGCGGCCUCACCGCGUCCCUGCAGCCCAGGGGAAAGGUCGCCGCAGGGGUCAGCACAACGGAGCCUUCCCCCAGUCCCAGCGGCGGCGGAAAGAGCACCAACCCCCCACGGAUUCUGGGCGAGACCUCAGGUUUGGCUGUGCAUCAGAUCAUCACCAUCACCGUCUCCCUCAUCAUGGUCAUCGCUGCUCUCAUCACAACUCUUGUCUUAAAAAAUUGCUGUGCCCAAAACGGGAACACUCGGAGGAACAGCCACCAGCGGAAGAUCAACCAGCAGGAGGAAAGCUGCCAGAACCUCACCGACUUCACCCCGGCCCGGGUGCCCAGCAGCCUGGACAUCUUCACGGCCUACAACGAGACGCUGCAGUGCUCCCACGAGUGCGUGAGGGCCUCCGUGCCCGUGUACACCGAUGAGACGCUGCACCCGGCGGGCGAGUACAAGUCCACGUUCAAUGGGAACCGCUCCUCCUCCGCCGACCGGCAUCUCAUCCCUGUGGCCUUCGUGUCUGAGAAAUGGUUUGAAAUCUCCUGCUGACUGGCCGAAGGCUUUUUACCUCCUGGGGCAGGGCGGACGCCAGGUGUCUGUCUCAUGGAUUCCGUUGGUGAACCUGUAAAAACAAAACAAAAAUACAAAACCCCAAACUAAACUGUCUAAGGGGGAGGGUCCCCGCACCUGCCACUUCUGUCUGCCGGUGGGAAACGCAUAGCAGCCGCUCUAGGCCAAAUAUAUUUUUGUAAAGAUGCUCACGCCUAUGGGUGACUGCCUUCUCCAGUCUUCUCCGGAGAACACAACAAAGACACGCGAGGAGGGGACUGGAGACCAAGAGACCAGGUGGCCACGGGAAUGGGACAGGAGGAGGCACCGAUGCCUGGGAUCUGGACCACGAUUCUGAACCUGUGCCAAUAAUACCAUUAUGUGCCAUGAACUGACCUGAGAGGCCCGGCCCCGAGCCGCAGCCGAGCGAAUCACGCGUAGAAAUCUUACAGAAAACAGGGGUGGGAAUCUCUUCCAAUAGAGUUGCUAUUUCUGGUUAUUAUACAUAUAUAAAUAUAUAAAUACCAACAGACACACACACACCCUUUUUUUGUACUGUAGCAAUUUUUGAAGAUCUUCAAUGUUCCUUUUUAAAAAAAGAAUUGUGUUAUAGCUUACAAAAUCUGAUUUAUUUAACAUGCUUAGUAUGAACAGAAUUAAACUGAUGUUUUCUACUCCUGCAACUCACCACGUACACACACACACACACACACACAUGCACACACGCACACAUGCACACCACACUCACACCCACACACGCAAACACUCACGCAUAUAUACGCAUAUAUUGGAAAUACAGUUCCACAGGUGAGCAUAUUCUUUAUUCUUCCUGGUGACCUGAUAGUUCAUCACUGCUCAUUCCGGGGACAGCUGGACCCUUCAGGGACGCCCUGCCUUGGCUGGUAUCUGCGGAGUGACGACAAACAUGUGAUGUGUUAUCUUGAGCCAGAUCGAAGAAUGCCGUGGUUUCCUAUAUAUAUGUAUACACACGUGCAUAAGUGUUACCUUUCUUCAUUUAACCAUUUGAAGAUGCUACCUAACAGCCGUGCGCACGCUGACGUAGCUGGCUGCUGCUAGACGGGCCCAACUGAGCACCAGGCUGGGUGGGCGGUGGAUUCUCAGACUUGUGUUACACAAGCAUAGACUGAAUUAAAGAAAUUUUCCAGUUCCAAAAAGUAAAGGAAUACAUCCUUCCCGCGUGUGUGCGUACGUCAGUCAGGGCAGCGCUCAGAACGUAAGAGGGCUUGUUUUGCUUGGCAGUGAGACACGGUGAUCACGUGCGUGACAGCCCGGACUGCUCUGGGGUCCUGGCCUGGAUUCUGCUGCUUUUUCUGGGGGCCGAGGGUGGCUGUGCAUGCUGGUGGGGGCUGUUGGGAGACGCCCUUCUCUCGUCAGCUCCCAAGGCCUUCUGUGGUGUGGCAGACCCUGCCACAGAGCUUCCUGGAGGAAGUAGGACCCCAGCUGAAGCCUGGUGCCAGCAGGUGCUCCCUGCACCACUGUGGUUGAUGCUGUAGUCAUCCCGGUCAUCUGGGUUCACAGGCCCAGACCUGCUGUAGGUAGCGGGCACUGCCAGGGACGUGGGCUGCCAUCUUGUGAACCCACACUCUUCCAGAGUAGAGGUGGAAGCCCAGAAGUAGUGUGGGGUCCGUCUCCAAAUUGUGAUUCCUUUGAGUGGCCCAGGUGUGGCUUGGGUUUAACCUUGAGGGAAAGCCCAGGCUGAGCGAGGGAGGUCACAGCCGGACAGGUGGCUGCACCUGCCCUGGAGCAGCCAGGCUGCCAAAAUUCUACUUCAUCCCUGGGACCGAAGUUCCCUCAGAAACCCCUUGAAGUGGGCUCGAAACACUCCCUUUCGUGCCUCCUGGACGCUGUGAGAGUGAGGGAAACGUGAGGAAGACCACGGUGUGCCCAGUCCUGUCCGGUUGGCAUCCGAGUGGCACUCAAAUGUUGGGAAGCUUGGUUUCCAUUUUGCUCUGUCCUCACCUACCCAAGACUUUGGCAUACACCAAGUAGCACCAGUGGCUGCCCCUGGCCUCAGCCCCUCCCCAGGCUCUUGACUCCCUGUGUGUCCUCUAGCCCCUGUCCCUCUGUCCUCAAGUCUUCUCAGUUUGGUGUGGGCACCCGGUGAGGACCCAUCGGUAGGAUGUGAUGGGAAUCUGUCCCUGCAAAGAUGCACCUUGUCCCCUCGGACGCAGACCCUGGGCUGCCCUGAAGUCUUCCAGAGUCCCUGGGACCCUGAGCUUCGAGGGGAACUCUUAGAGAGACAAAGCCCCUCAGUCCUGCGGCAGCCACUCCAGCAUGGGCUUAGGGCAGGCAGCGGGGUCCAUGUGGGCACAACCCAGACCCGCAAAGGCUGCUCACUGAAGAGGCUGGUGCCUGGCUGCCCUUUCCCGGUGCCCAGGAGGGGAACUGUGAAGAGGUUUUACUUUAUUCUUGGUGUCCACCUUUCCCCUCCCCUUACUGCUGUGGAGAUGGCAUGCGCAGGGCUCCUGUGGCUGCUCAGGGUCUAGGGGAGCCUGGUGGGCAUGCACGCCACUGCCCACAACCUUCCUUGGCCUCGGGCACAGCCCUGAGCCUUAGUGUUCCCUCUUCUCACCUUGACCUCUGACAUCCAGAGUCCACUUUCAGACACCCCCUCCCAGAGCCCUCCUUGCAGAGCCUUCAGAUUCUUUUUCUUCAUGAAGAGCAGUGGCAGGUGUGAUGUGCUUUGGUGAGGUCCCCAAAUGUGUGUUCGUCUCUGCUGCAUCCCUUCAGUGUCCCAGCCAUGGCCCCUGAGACCGAGCCGGCUCCAUCACUCACCCGUCGACCCUUCAGGGUUUUGAGUCACCUGGGUUUGGCUCUUGGUGGUGUCUGGACCAUCUUGUUGCAUGUUCAAGUCCAUUUCUUGGUCUAAUCACUUCUAAGCUGGAUUCCACUCUCACCUGGCUAAGAUACAGGUAUAGUUGCUUUUGUUUCCAAGUUUGGAGUGUGAAAGGAAAGAGUCUCCUGCCCUGGGGAGAGAACUUCCUGAUCCUUUCUUGCUGGGCUCAGGUUCAUCCAAGUCCAAGCAGAGCCAAGCCACGUGGCACCCCUUCUCUGCCCAGCUCCCCCACCCCCACUUCCCAUAGCAUGUGUGGUUGAGAAGUGACACCGCAGGGCAGGCGGGGGAUGCUGACAUUCCACGUGGCAUCCUCCCCGCACAGACAGAGGGACCACUGCCUUCCCCCGGGGACCUGGUCUUCCCAGUGCCCAGUCAAGCAGACCUCUGCUGCUGCAGCCAUCUCCCAGAUGCCCCUUCGGCCCUUCUUUCUACACUUAGAAGCCCAACUCUCCGGGAAUUUCCCCGACUCUCUGAAUGUGACCACCAGGCGAUCAGUUGUUACCACUGUGACCCUGCCGUCUGAAAUCCAUCUUUCUUCUCUAAAAUAUAUCAUUCUUCACAGCCAUGUUUGACUCCAGGCAGAGCCCCAUCUCCCACAGGCAGCCCUUGUGGGUAACUUCUGUGUUGAUGCCCAGGCCACCAUCCGGGUCUUAAAAGAACACAUCGCCUCAGAUCAUUUUUACUUGGAUGCUCUUGCCCAUGGAGAUGGAUUCCAUCUGUUUGCUUCUUCUCUCAGACAGUCCAGGAUCUUCUGACACCAAUGAGGCUGGGCUGACCUUAAGCUCUUGGAAGACAAGACAGGGAGUGGGGCUUAGUCUGGGACCUGCAGCCCAUUCACAGGCAGGCUGGAUUGUCCUAGUUUUUCACUUCAAAAUGGCACCAGGACAACCUUCCCUUUGCCUGUCUUGGACAUCGCGACCUCUUUCAUCGGGACAAUCCCUGGGCACAUGAGUCUCCAUCUCCCUGGGCUGUCUGUCUUCUCCUCCACUGACACCCCUCACAUCACGAUAGGUGAAGACAGAGACUGAAGCCAUUCUUGCUUCCACUUGUGAGUUCUCUGCGAAGGCACCAUGUGCUCAGGAGGUGAAGAAGAAGCCACUAUUCCUGCUGUGCUCUGAUUGGCUGAGCAUUCAUCAGUGGCUCAAUCAGGAAGUACUUGAACUUCUACCAUGCUGGCCCAACGGCGGGAAGCAAAGGGAUCAUGGUCCUGCCCUAUGGCUUUUGCAGAUAAAACAAAGGAAUACAUAAAAUAAUUUGCAGAGAUAAGUAAGCAGUUGAGGGACGGGGAGCAGUGAUAUGAAAGACAAGCAGGGGGUGACAUUGCCUGUGACUUCUCCUGCUGCCCUCCGUCUUCUGUUUACUGAGGGGUGGUCUAGGGUUGGAUGGAUGGAGCAAGACAACUUUAGUCUUCCCUCCCUCACAGCUGGGAACAGAUGUCUGAUCUGUCACAAAUGUCUCUGCUGGGUCUCCACUAGACCCUCGAUCCGGGUCAGCCAGGUCUCCAGGAGGACAGGGCCGUCCCUCCUAGACUAGAGGCAGUGCUUUGUAAACACCCCCAGCACCGAGCACAUAACUUUGUCCUCUUAAACAACAUCUGCUUUUAAGGAAGCAGCUCUUCUGAAGCAGGCAGUGAUUCAUGUAAUUUUGGAACGGUUACUUUGGUGUUGUUUGUCAAUUUCUCUGCCACACUCUUUUUUGAUUGUUUGUUUGUUUCCCAGUGUAAAUAGCACAGCCCACUAAAUGAGCCAAAUUCUCAUCAUCCUGAGUCUUUGAUUAUUCUUCCCACUUAUGUUGCCUUGAUGCUCUGCCUGCGAAGAAGAUAAACUCAGAGCCUGAAUUUGUGUGUUUGUUAGUCUAGUGUUACCUGUGGGAUUUCCGGGGAGGACUGGAAUGAUCGGUUGGCAUUUUGAAAUAUGCCAGCAGCCCUUCCUUCCAAAGGGUGUGAAGCCCGGUUAUGUGCAGUUUUGCAUAAUUUCUGGGCUUAGAGCUUGCUUGCAUUUGGAAGGUGUGGCUAGAGAGGGGCUUAGGCAGGGAACUUCUAUCUUUUCAAUCACCCUAACCAUCCAACAAACAAAAGAAGAGACUUCUUCUGCCCUCAGAUUAUUCUAGAAAGAGCUCAGCUAGCAUGCGUGCAGUAACCAAUCUAGAGUUCAAGGCAGUCACCGUGUGUGGCCAGGUGAGGCUCACUGUGCACGGCUACUCUUAUGCAAAGGGCAUCACAUCACUUGCACUGUGCAGGGGUGGCCUCACCUUCCCCACCAGAAACAGGAAGCAAGCCUGCUAGAAAAGCCAGCCAUUUCCGGAAGUGCUCAGGUCCUUACCCAACUCUGCUCUGUUCCUCUCUGCUGACUGAGCCAGAAGCCAGAAGGAAGAUAUGCUUGCCUUGGGCUCCUAAGGCAGUGGUUUGUGGACAGCAGGGUGCUGGGAGAUUCUCCCUUAUGGAUCGCCAAACACUCCAUGCCCAUAAAUGUACAGGCAUGCCCAGUUGUGAAGACAACUAAAGAGAAGGAUCAACUGGUUUGAACUAAUGGUCAACUAGGGGUCUGCAUUGGGGCUAAAAUUGUACAGUGAAUCAUUCCAGGAGCUCUAUGGUCCUUUGCUUUGGAUGGAGUCUCUCCUAAAUGUCCUGGAGUUACUCGUGUAGAAUCAGGAGAGUCUUUUUGAAGGAAUCCAUGAAUCUAAGUUGUAAUAGUACAGUCUGGACUUCAGAGGGGUGAUGUUACAUGGGGCCACCCUUACCCAUCUGGAACACCUAAGAUGGAAAGAGUUUAACCACUGGUGAGAAGAGGGGGGGAAAGGGAACAGAGACUAUAUAAAUGUUUUCUCGUGUAAGCUAGAAUCACAAUACACAUAUGUCAUAGAUAAUGUUUGAUUAAGUGGGUUAAUAUACUACGUCCUGAGAGUUGUGGGGACAUCCCGAGGGGGCUCUUGUAGGAAUCUUGAAUUCCACAGUCCCACAUCUGCUGGGUAAUGCGUAGCAGGCAUGAGUGCGGAGAGCAUUGUGUUGUAGGAAAGUCCUUAUGAAAGUUAAUUAGUUUUGUCCCAGCUGGUCUUUCUCUUAAAACAGAAUUCUCUGGAGUUUUGAGUUUUCCAUGUGGAAAACUCAGUUAUCAGCAACACACUCAGUUGUGAGCAGCACUACAUCACUGUUCCUUGGAAGCUUCCCUCUGGCAGGGACCUGGUCCCUAACCAGCUGGUUAGUCUUCACCGGGUCCUGAAAUCCUGUAAUGUCCUUUAGCGGUGAUGUGUGUACUUCAGGUUGCCAAAUGUUAGUUAGUGCUGAGCUGGCAAAGUUAUCGCUCCCAAGAAAUCAGAGACAGCUUUGGCCAUGAAGAAGCAAGAACACUGUGUAGCCCCAAGUUCCGUUUUUGUCACUGUUACGCCCCAUGAAGACAUGCAGCUACUAAGAUUUGGACAAGUGGCGCUUUGAGGACCCCAGCAUGAUCAGUUCAGUUGAUUGCACAAGGAACUGAAGGAGCUAAUGUGUUUCCAUCUCAGGGCCCCGAGACAAAACUAAUUAAUGAGAUCACUCCACUCUGCUCUCUUCCCCCAGCAUCCCAAGCCCACAGGGAUGAUUUCAAGCCCACUGUGAUGCCCUAACCCCAACUUCUGGCCUUCAGAGACCGCCUGGGCUUCAGACAGAGAAGGGGUUUUGCUGAAGUCUCAGGCUUUGACCUCCCUGGAAGGUUGAACAGCGAGACGUAGCGUUACUCGACAGUUUCUCCACCAGGGCAGCUGCCACAUCCAGAAGGAGCCCCUUCCUCUGCCUGCUGCUGGAUGGGGGUGGGGGCUCCACUUCAGUGUUUCCCCCACAUGCACAUGGAUGCCUAACAUCAAGCUGUGUAGCCACCUGCAGCUUGGGGUCUACAGAGCCACACUUUCUCUGUGUGUACACCAAGUCAGCGUGGCCCUAGAAAGCUCUGAGGAGAUGGCUUUCCUACAGUGGUCCUGCAACAGGGUGUAUCCUCCCCUGAGCCACCAUGUUCUGAGUGCAGAGCCCCUAAUGCAAAGAGCACCACUGGCCUUGAAAAGCCAGUGGCCAGUCCAGGCAUUUGGCCACCCCCUCCCGGAACUGAACUGCCAACACCCACAGACAUGCUUUGUUGUACUUUCUUCUCUCUCUCUCUCUCUCUCUCUCUCUCUCUCUCUCUCUGUGUGUGUGUGUGUGUGUGUGUGUGUGUGUGUGUGUGUGUGUUCUCUCGCAUUUGGGUCACUUUCUCUAAAGCCAGAGAGUGAAAGAGCCCCAGCAAAGUUAGUUCUCAGUCAAGGGACAAUAACUUUGACCCUUAAAGAUGAAUUCCCAAUGGGAGUGACACAUGAGGAUUCUGCAAACCUCCCGGAAUAAUCACGUAUUGCGCUGGUUCAUGCAAGGCUAAGAACGGGGCCUGUGCCAUCUAAAAUGUGGGAGGGAGAGGUAGGAAGUUGAAAAGUUUUGGUAUGAAAUAUCGAGAUUUGGGGAAAAUGUGGCUAGCUUGCAGAGGAAGAUAACAAUUUUCUUAAAGGUCCGAGUUUUGGGUUUUAAAUUUUCUCUUCUUCUAGCAGUCUCAUUAGAAUCAGUCAUCCCUUGUAAUUUCCCGGGGAAACAAGAUGGCGGGCAGUAGAAUCCAGGGCGGGUUUCCCCCAAGUUAAAGGCAUUUGGUGAAAGCAGACCGCCAACCACAGAGCUCCACAGAAACUGUAGUGACCUUGUGGAUUAAAUUUAUUUAACUUACAUGAUGUGAGAUGAAUGGGUUUACCAGCAAUGCCCUGUCACUCUACCCCUUUCCUACUGAAUGAAAUCUUCCUCAGCUUUUAGACCUACAAAUGAUCAAGUUGCUUUGGGAGAAACCAUGCAUUGAUUGUAUUUUUAACAUCUUUUGCUUUUUAAAAACUAACACGUUUAUUGAAAAUACAUAGAAAGUGCCAAUAACCAAAUACAGGGGAAAUAUCUGGAGCCUGGUGAUUGUUUAGUUUGGUGGAAGCUGUUCAUUAAAUACUGAACAUGUGGGGACAAGUCCCAAAAAUCUCUCCAUGGUCAAGUUGACCGUGGGCACUGGGCCUGGCCCCAGGGAGUGUUUUAUUGAAAAGUCUAGUAAGCCUUCCUUUGCUUCCUGGUUGGUUUAACUUGCUGUUGACUAAAGUCAUCGUCGUGAGAGGCUUUCUGAGAAGUAGAACAGGUUGUUGGCCAUUUGGAUGUUUGGCUUUCACAGUGUCAAGCAUUGGCCGUUGGGUACAUCUGGACAUUGGUGGAAAAUGCUUAGAGAAACUCUGAAUGGAUUUUGCACAGGGGUAACUACCCAAGAAUGUCAUAUCUGAGGGACAGAGGACCAUUUCCUUUUCGGUUCUCCCCAUGUGUUUACAUAACCCUUCAACUCACCAGGUCCCAUUACACAAAUUUAUAGAGUCAGAGGUCAUUGCCCCGACUCCAGCUCUCCAGCUCCCCCAUGGAACCAGAAACUCAGUCUAUGACCGUGAACCCCAGGAUGAGAAUUUAGCAGCUAGGGCCACAUUGGCCUGUUUUCUCGCCAGUCUAAGUGGAAUGUUUCAGAACUAAUUUCCUCCGCGUUUCUGAUGUACGGCAAAAGCUGGGUUUAUUUUGCUCUGCCUAAAUUAUUUUCUGAUACAAUAAACUGUUUGCUGGUUAUUUAUACUUUUACAUGGAGCACUUGUUCUUUUUCAAAAGGGAAGCAGAACUCCCUGUUUACAUGUUCUUCAUAGAUCGAUGCCACAGCCGUCUCUAUGGACAGAUUUAUGUGUCAUCCUCCUGGAACGGUUAAACGACUGUGGUUUAAUAUUGUGUUUUUCCUUAAACGCGUAUCAUAAUUAUGUUAAUGAACAAACAUGACACAAUAUAUUUUGGCGGGGUGGGGGGCAGGUGGCUGGGUGUAAUUUCCUUACAGGUGAACUUUUAUUCCAGAUUUUUUUAAGUUGUUUCUGUAUUUCAAAGCUAUGUAUUUGGAAAACAUUGUAAAUGAAACACAUAUAUAUUGACUUUCCUCUGUAUAUUUAGUACUCUGAUAUUGCUAUUAAAAAAAACAUAAUAUAAAAAAGAACAA